AUGGGUCAGGGGCUUAGUUGCAGAACAAGUGAUGAACAUGGUCUUUUCACAGCUGUUCAGUUCGGGGAUUUAGAUACGGUUGAGGCCGUGUUAGAGAGAGACCCGUCUCUUAUUCACCGGACCACAGUGUUCGACCGCCACUCUGCUCUUCAUAUCGCUGCUGCCAAUGGCCGGAUCGAGAUUGUUUCAAUACUUUUGGAUGGAUCUGUUAAUCCAGAUUUGUUGAAUCGACACAAGCAGACUCCGUUGAUGUUGGCUGCAAUGCAUGGGAAGAUCUCUUGUGUGCAAAAGCUAAUUCAAGCUGGGGCCAAUAUUUUGAUGUUUGAUUCACUAAAUGGACGAACAUGCUUGCACUAUGCUGCAUACUACGGCCAUACUGAUUGCCUCCAAGCCAUUCUCUCCGCUGCCCACAACUCCCAAGUUUCCAUUUCUUGGGGAUUUUCUCGAUUUGUGAAUAUUAGAGAUGGUAAAGGAGCAACCCCAUUGCAUUUGGCAGCUCGUCAAAGACGGCCUGAAUGUGUGCAUAUUUUGUUAGACAAUGGUGCCCUGGUUUGUGCCACGACUGGUGGAUACGGAUUCCCGGGUAGUACUCCACUUCAUUUGGCUGCAAGAGGGGGUUCCUUAGAUUGCAUCCGUGAAUUGUUGGCCUGGGGUUCUGAUCGACUUCAUAGAGAUGCAUCUGGGAGAAUACCAUACACAGUUGCUCUAAAACAUAAGCAUGGAGCAUGUGCAGCCUUGCUGAAUCCUUCAUCUGCUGAGCCUCUUGUCUGGCCAUCGCCUUUGAAGUUCAUUAGUGAGCUUAAUCAGGAUGCAAAAGCUUUAUUAGAGCAGGCCUUAAUGGAGGCAAAUAAGGAGAGGGAGAAGAGCAUCUUAAAGGGGACAACUUACAUGCCACCAUCUCCUUCCCAUUCUGAUGUUGGUGUUGAUGACAGCAUCUCCGAGGCCAGUGACACGGAGCUGUGUUGCAUAUGCUUCGAUCAAGUCUGCACAAUUGAAGUCCAAGAAUGUGGCCACCGGAUGUGUGCACAAUGCACCCUAGCCUUGUGCUGUUAUAACAAACCAAAUCCAACAACUGCAUGCCUAACCGCGCCAGUUUGCCCUUUUUGUCGUAGCUGCAUUGCUCGGUUGGUUGUUGCAGAGGUUAAAACCGACCAAAAUACUGAAUGCGAUUUAAAUUCCCCAAAGCUCAAAAGGUCAAGGAGGUCACGGAACUUCAGCGAGGGAAGCAGCAGUUUUAAGGGCUUAUCAGCAGUUAGCUCGUUUGGCAAAAUUGGUGGCCGCGGUUCAGGAAGGAUUGCUGCUGAAAAUGCAUGGGUUGAUAAGCCAUUAAGCCUUGACACAUAG